CUCAUUAAGCAUUCUGGUCCUUUAUGGUUGGUCGCGUCCCUACCUAAGUAAUGAAGUAAACUGAUGCCAAGAAUUUAGGAUCCUGGUCGACCUUCGAUUCGAUGCUCUUAUUAUUGGUGUUUCGUCUGGUGGGCAGAGCCAUUUUACAGUUUUACUGCUUCGAAACCAAAGAACGUGAAGGAAAUAUCAGCAGUAAAGAUCUCAGAGGCACAGGUUGGGAUAAUCUCCCAUUUCGCAAACGACGGAAAGUCUUUCCUCGAAAGCUUUCUACGGGACGAACGCAAUCAAAAUGGGCAAUAAGCAGAAGUGAGAACCAUACCUUCUUCACAUACCGAGUCAACCUUUUUCAGUUUUAAUCAAUUUUAUGCAAGAAUAGAAGGAGAAGGAAACGAUGGAGGAGGUAGUUGGCUUCUCGUCCCACCAGUGUUUGUAUGUCUCACCUACUCCCUCUGCCUCCUAAGUUCUUUUUUCCACCAAGAUAGAUCAGUGUUUCGGUUCUUUUUUUCUUGUUCCUCUUCUUUUUUUUGGGGAGGAGGCGGCAAUUUUUUCGUCCUGCAAUUAUCACUUCUGUCGAUUGCUCGAUAUUCGUCAGUUUUUUCAAGAUAAGAAGAAGGUCUUCUGGUUCCGGGAAUUCUAGCCGUGCGAUCGAUGAAUUGGCCUUGUUUUUUUGUUGGGGUUUUGGUCGAAGAGUUCGCGGCUUAUGGAAUUUGGAAUCUGGGCUCAGUUGUCGUUCUUCAAAAAAUCGAAUCGCGUUUGAUAUUUCGUGUGAAUUCAUUCUGCAAUUAAACUAAGCUCACUCUUCGUACUCUGUUUGGGUUUUUUACUUUAUAGGUAGCCUCUCUUUUUAGUUUCCUGAACUGACAAAUCCUCUGGCAAUUUAGGGAAUUAGUUAUUAGAUUUGAGUUUGGUAAAAAGGAAAUAGAGAAUGGCCUCAAACGCGGAUGGCAAACACUUGGAUGUUGUUCAGGAGGAAAGUGAGUUCGUUAUUGAGAACAAGACCCAGAUUCCCUCUCAUGCUUCAACAUCAAACGGAGAACCCUUCCUCAGUGAUCAGGAGACACUGGACGUAUCCAAUAUCAGAAAAAAGUCUCAUGGAUUUGCGUUGAAGUUUCCGAAAGCAAUGGAGAUUGUAAGACUAGAUUCUUCUCGCGUGCUAGCUUCGCCGUCUGCUAAAUUCAAACGAUUUGCAGAACAGAGGGAUGAAUUUUCUCGCUCAGUUUCAUUCAUUGGCGGCGAUGAGGAUAAGGAUGGACGAGUACUGAGCGUGCCCUUUCUUGGAAAGAUCAGUUGGGACUCUGUGGCGUCCGCUUCUAAUAAAUGGAUAAGGGACCCCAUGAACAUGGCGUUGUUUGUAUGGAUUAUAGGAGUCGCCGUGUCUGGUGCUAUACUUUUUAUGGUCAUGACCGGGAUGUUGAACCAUUCAUUACGGAAGAAAUCACAGAGAGAUGCAUGGUUUGAAGUUAACAACCAAAUUCUCAACGCACUAUUCACUCUAAUGUGUCUUUAUCAGCACCCAAAAAGGUUCUACCAUCUUAUACUCCUGUGUCGAUGGAACCGUGAAGAUAUUUUGAAGCUUAGAAAGAUCUACUGCAAAAAUGGCACUUACAAGCCUCAUGAAUGGGCACAUAUGAUGAUUGUGGUACUUUUGCUUCAUCUUAACUGCUUUGCUCAGUAUGCUUUAUGUGGUCUUAAUUGGGGAUAUAAGAGAUCACAACGACCACCAAUCGGUGUUGGUCUGUGUGUCUCUGUUGCAAUUGCAGCUCCUGCAAUUGCUGGCAUAUACUGCAUUGUUAGUCCACUUGGAAAGGAAUACUUAUAUGAAAUGGAUACUGAAGCACAAACUGUUUCCCAAGGCAGUCCCCCUAGUGUCAAGUCCCUUGAGAAAAAGUAUUCUUUUGCUUCACAGGGUGAUCAGAGUAUUCCAGUGACGAAUCCAGAAUGGACAGGAGGUUUAUUUGAUCUUUGGGAUGACAUUUCAGUAGCAUAUCUUUCUCUGUUCUGCAGCUUCUGUGUCUUUGGAUGGAACAUGGAGAGGCUCGGGUUUGGAAACAUGUAUGUUCAUAUUGCCACAUUCAUUUUAUUAUGUUUAGCGCCUUUCUGGAUCUUCAAUUUAGCUGCCGUCAACAUCGAUAACGAGUAUGUCAGAGAAGGCUUGGGAAUUACAGGUAUCCUACUUUGUGUCUUCGGUUUACUCUAUGGAGGGUUCUGGAGAAUUCAAAUGAGAAAGAGGUUCAAUUUUCCUUCCAAUGGCUUCUGCUGUGGAAAGCCUGCAGUGACAGACUGCAUGCAAUGGCUAUUCUGUUGCGUUUGUUCCCUGGCACAGGAGGUUCGAACAGGUAAUUUUUAUGAAAUUGAAGAAGAUAAAUGUUGCAGAAAUCAUAUUGAGGAUGGCAGCCAAUUUAAUUUUUCACCUGUAACUCCUGAAGAUGGUUUAGUUCCAUUGUUCAGAUCUGGCCCCAGUUCACCACUUUGGGGUGGUAUUCCCCUGUCUGAGAUGAGGGCUUCAAGUCCUAAUCUUGUCCAGAAGAACAGUCCAAGCACCGCGCAUUCUUCAACGUCUGAUGUUUUACACAGCAAAUUUCAAAAUGAUACCACUAUGAGAGCUCCUGUUCCUAAUUUGAUUGAGAAGGAAUAGAAUCAGUCUCAUUUGUUUCUACAAUGCAAACGGAAUCUAAAAGAACAAAUUGCUCAUUCAUGGCUUUUUGGUUUCAUGUACAAAGUUCACCUCACUACUCUGGCAUUUGUUUUUCCCUCCUGUAAUAUUUUUAUCUUGUAUGUUUGGAUUUAUUAGAUUCCAUUGGUUGUUGCUCAUC